UGAAGUAAAUAAAUAAAUAAAUAUAUAACCGUACUGCAUUUAUUUGUUUUUCUCUUAAAUGUACUUUAAUCUGGAAAUGGAUUUUCCUUAUCUGAUAUUCCCCUUUCCCCUUUAAUGGCAUUGACUUGAAAAAGGAAAACAGACUGUUGUAGAUUCUUCCAUGUUGUGGAUUUGUCUGAUCGUUAAAUGAGAUCCCUGAGAGUUAACUGUCUGUGCACCCAUGUGUGUUUGUGAAUGCUUUUGGAUGACUUCAUGAACAUCUGUUGUAUUUGAGUUCAUGGAAAUACAAAAACUCAAGAAAACCUUUCCUCACAUAUGUAUGAGUAAAGGAUGACCUCAGACAAGAUGGGAGAGCUGUGAUUCAAAGUAUUAACAUAUAGUUUCAGUAUGUUGAUGCCACAUGUUGUUUGAGUAUGUGAGUAGCAUAGAAGAGGAGUUUUCACAUGAUGUUUCAGUAUGUGAACGGCAUAAAAGAGGAUUUUUCAACAUGAAGGCUGAACAACCUAGUCAGGUUUCUAGUGUUAGCAACAGGUGAAUUCUAUGGCCCCAGUGGAUAAGAGAAUCAAGAUGAAGGUGGACUAAGCAGGAAAACUUUGAAUCCUCAGUAGAUGGGGGGCUGAGCUGUGACCCACCCUCUGAAGUCUGGACUAUGUUCUCAGAAUCUAGAAUGUGAAGACACUGUAGAGGAGAGUUUGAGUUGUUGUAAGAAAGGUGUUUUUACCUAUAGAUAAGGAAGGGUAAGAAAUAAAGAGAAAGCAUCAUGUGUCCCUUUUUACCUAAAGAAGAAUGAAGAAAGUAAGUUCUGAUCUGAGGAAUGGAAAGCAUUAUGAGCUGGGCCCAAGAAGGACAUAAAAUACAGGGGUAGGAAUAAGUUUAAACAUGAUUCUUGGCCUUCUCAGAUGAGGAAUAUGACGUAUAUGGCUACCACAAGUCUCAUUUUAGUCCUGAUUCUGGAAGCCCCUGGCCUUGCUAUAUGGUUCAUUACCUGUAGCACUUACACAUGUAGUGUCUUUCUACUCACAAAAGGAGUAUCUAUAAGCAUAAGGAGUAUCUAUACACAUAAAAAAUAUCUUUCUAUGUAAAUGAAAUGGGAUGUUUGAUGAGGGGUGGGUAGAGGCAUUACUAGGGAAGGAAGAAGGUAUAGGACCAGUGGAGAGGUCUUAGGAAUUUACAAAGCCUGUGACAAUGACAAAAUCUAAUUAUGAAAUGUUUUGUUUAUAUUCUCAGCACAUGUGUGGGGGGAAGACGGGAGGAGAAGGGGCUUAUAAUUGUGUAAGAUUAUGUAUGGGUAAAUAUAUGGCGGCAAAAUAUAUGACAACAUAUAAGUGUAGGUCCGGAUAUGCCUGAGAAUGUAAAUAUUAAAGGUCUGUGUUUGAGAGAGUAUGUGUCUUGCUUGGGUCGAUGUGUCUCUCUAAUAGAUGUAUGUUCACAAAAACGCAGUCCUUCUUUUGGACAGAAACCUUGACUGAUAGUGUCACUAAGUCCACACUAUUAGAAUACACUUGUGUAGUAUACAAAGUGUUGGAAAACUACUGAAUUUUUUUUUUUUUUUUUUAGGAGAAAGGUUAGUGAGCCUCAGCUAUAAGGGACUUUUCUAAUUUAAAUUUGGCUUACACAUGUUAUCCAGCAUAGUGUAGGAACUCAUCUGGUGUUUGCUGAACUGAAUUAGGUUUUUAGAUGGCAAUAAAGGGGUGUUGAUCUUACAAAUCUAAGAGCCACAGUCAUCAGGUAGCUUUAAGAGAAGCAAACAGUUGUCUUGGGGGCAAUGACAGAGCAAGCAGAUCCUAAAUAAUGAUGUCCAUAAGGUCAUAUAAGCUAUAAUCCACCAUGAAAAAGUGUAUUCUGUACUUUGUUAACUUGUAUGGGAGAACAGUGUACAAUGAAGAGUGUAACCAGUCUGGAAGGCUUCCUGGAGUAGCUGUGUACACUACUGGGGGAGGCCAGAAGAAAGAAAAGAUUCUCUUCAGGUAGACCAAUAAUGUAUCUAUUUGUAUCUGGAAUAAUCUUGGUUUAUGCAUGUUGCUACCAUUAUUGCUAAUUUUAACCUUUGUUGAUUUCAAAAGGUUCUAUUUUGGAUGACAAAUUAUAUGGUCACUUUAUCUUCAGGAGGCCAUAAUGAUAAUUAGUUGAAAGUCUGAGAGUUACUCAAGUUUCUCUAACUAUCCUUAAUCAUGCUCUGUCUUUAGGAGCUGAGAUUUAUGCCAUCUGCAUCUGCCAUGAUCAUUUUCAACCUAAGCAGUUACAAUCCAGGGCCCUUCAUUCUGGUAGGGAUCCCAGGCCUGGAGCAAUUCCACAUGUGGAUUGGAAUUUCCUUCUGUGUCAUCUACAUUGUAGCUGUUGUGGGAAACUGCAUCCUUCUCUACCUCAUUGUGGUGGAGCAUAGUCUUCAUGAACCCAUGUUCUUCUUUCUCUCCUCUGCCAUGACUGACCUCACCUUGUCCACCGCUGGUGUGCCUAAAACACUCAGUAUUUGGCUGGGGGCUCGAGAAAUCACAUUCCCAGGAUGCGUUACACAAAUGUUCUUCCUUCACUACAGCUUUGUCCUGGAAUCAGCCAUUCUGAUGGCCAUGGCAUUUGAUCACUAUGUAGCUAUCUGUUCUCCCUUGAGAUAUACCACCAUCUUGACUCCCAAGACCAUCAUCAAGAUUGCUAUGGGCAUCUCCUUUCGAAGGUUCUGCAUCAUCCUGCCAGACGUAUUCUUGCUGACGCGCCUGCCUUUCUGCAGGACACGUAUCAUACCCCACGUAUACUGUGAGCAUAUAGGCAUUGUCCGGCUCGCCUGUGCUGAUAUAUACAAAGGAAUAUAAAUGAUUCUAUUAUAAAGACAUAUGCAUGCAUAUGGUCAU